UGUGUGCGUGUGCGUGUGCGUGACUGUACACUAAAAAAGCACGCCCCAAGAUUCUUUCUCUCCGCUCCUUCUUCGCUCCUUCCUCCUUGCUUAAUAGACCGGAAGUGUCCUCUCACCAAACCAGCUCGGCGGGCACUUCCGGGACAGGAGACCAGGGUUCCGGGAGGGUGCUGGGAGGAGAGGGAGAGCGGCGGCGGCGGCGGCGGCGGCGGCGGCGGCGGCGGCGGCGGCGGCGGCUGGAGGAUGAAGAAGGAGCAUGUGCUGCACUGUCAGUUCUCCGCGUGGUAUCCACUGUUCAGAAGCCUCACCAUCAAGAGUGUCAUUCUUCCACUUCCUCAGAAUGUGAAGGAUUAUUUACUUGAUGACGGAACUCUGGUGGUGUCAGGAAGGGAAGAUCCACCAACAUGUUCUCAGCCAGACAGUGAUAAUGAAGCAGAAGAAAUACAGUGGUCAGAUGAUGAGAACACAGCCACGCUUACGGCACCAGAAUUUCCUGAGUUCACCACUAAAGUCCAAGAAGCUAUCAAUUCCCUGGGGGGCAGUGUAUUUCCAAAGCUUAACUGGAGUGCCCCAAGGGAUGCAUACUGGAUAGCAAUGAAUAGUUCUCUGAAAUGUAAAACGCUCAGCGACAUCUUCCUACUAUUCAAGAGUUCUGAUUUCAUCACUCGUGACUUCACCCAACCAUUUAUUCAUUGUACUGAUGAUUCCCCAGAUCCAUGUAUGGAAUAUGAGCUUGUUCUUCGAAAAUGGUGUGAAUUAAUUCCUGGUGCUGAGUUCCGAUGUUUUGUCAAGGAAAAUAAGCUUAUUGGUAUUUCUCAAAGGGACUACACACAAUAUUAUGAUCAUAUUUCUAAACAAAAGGAAGAGAUUUGCAGAUGCAUACAAGACUUUUUCAAGAAACACAUACAGUAUAAAUUCUUAGAUGAAGACUUUGUAUUUGAUAUAUAUAGAGACAGUAGGGGCAAGGUGUGGCUGAUUGAUUUUAAUCCAUUUGGUGAAGUCACAGAUGCGCUGCUGUUUACUUGGGACGAACUGUUAUCUGGAAGAAACUUAAAGGGUGAUUUUAGUGAAGAAGCCCUGGAGCAGGAUGCUCCGGCCUUCCGUUGCACCAACAGCGAGGUCACAGUUCAGCCGAGUCCCUACCUGAGCUACCGGCUGCCCAAGGACUUUGUGGACCUCUCCACCGGGGAGGACGCUCACAAACUCAUCGAUUUUCUUAAACUGAAAAGGAAUCAGCAAGAGGAUGACUGAUUAGCAUGCUAGAGUUCAAGGCCAAGUCACACAGGAAACCACUGCUGCUUCUGGAGGCCGUACAUAGUCCACAACCUCCUAUUAACCCAGUCAGCGGGGGAGGGGGAGGGGGCAGCGUGGAAGUCAGUGGCUUUUUAUAUUCAUGUAUAAAACUGGGGGAAAUGGAGGGACUUUGCUACUUGUAAAAAUAACACAAUAAAUAGAUCUUAAACAUAGGAAACCAUCCUGUUCUGUCUAUGAAAUACCUUGU